AUGUUAAUUGAUUCUGACUACACGUUUACUCCUGACCCACUGUUAAAAUCACUUAACAGGACUAGAUCUGCAAGACGUGAUCCGCGGCUGCCGGGACAGAACAUAGUCUCAGCAGUAGCAGGUCUCUAUCGCGCCAUCAACAUCAGAGGAGGUAUUUCGUCAGCGUUCUUCCGAGUCGGCGCCUCUUUGAGUUCGGAUUACAGCCUUCAAAUACAGCCUACCUUCCAGCUGACGAGGGACUACACUAUAACAAAUAGAACCCACACCCUCGCCCUCAAUGCAAAGGUUCUAAGUCGGAGUCUCUUCAACCAUCCUAUUCCUUCUGAUCCUUUGCUUCCUUACCGAUGGUUCGGAAAAACAAUAGCGAUCACGAGGUGUUUGGUCUGGAACGAGUCCUGGGUAUUAGCAAUUCGUUUUACUUUCUCCUUCGGCAGGUCGUGGGCGCUCCGGAGUCAACGAACUGUCCCCGUUGAACCGAAUGUUCCGAUGCGGAGAUCUGCGGUUUCGGAGCAAUACCGGGAUAUGAAUUGUUUUGAAAUCUUAUACGUACAAGAGUAUUAG